AUGCAGGAGGGAGAGAUGGUGGUGGUGGUGUUACAUCCCCGGAGGCGCUGUUACUGCCGCUGCUGGUCGUGUGAGGGGAAGAGCACGUUUCCAAAGUCUCUCGUAUCAACGUCAACAAUGUCCCAAAGCAAGCAAGAGUCGGAACUCAAAAUUCUCUGGAAGAAUGAAAGGCUAAGGAGCGUAUCUAAGGAGCCAAUGGAGACGGAAGGCAGAUGA